CUACCGAGGUGGUGUGAGUGAGCUUGUUGGGUAGGCAGUAGUGGUACCGAAGAAGCAUGGAGGGUUGCGACUAAGCUACCAGCGCUUGCUCAAUUACCUGUUCUCAAUCUCGUUCUCUUCGCUUUUUCUCUUUUGUAGUACGAAGCUGGUCACUAGAAGAAGGAAUUGAGCAACACCGCGGCCAUGGCGAAAGACAGCAACAAGAAGAUCGAAGAGGUCGACGGUGUGCCUGCAGAGCGACAGGGCGCGCGACCAGAUUUCUCGAUUCCACCGCCGAGGAAACAGUUGCCGAAGGAGCUUCAGGAUACGCUGAAUGACGAGGAGAAAUUGUGGGAGGUGCUAUAUGAUGGCGAAGGCGAAGAUACAACAGACACCUCCCUCCGCUAUGCCGCCUACGCCUCCCGCAUCCGCACCAUCAUGCUCUCCGCCCACCGCUACGUAGCCUACACCUCCGACAUAGGCGAAUCCUUCCGUCCCAUCGCACAUCCCUACCUCGUAAAAAGUGCCUACGGUAUCUCCUGGCUCUACCUCGCUGGCGACGUCUCGCACGAAGGCUACAAAGCGUACGUUCGCAACCAGCGCAUACUCCACCCGGAAAAGUACAUGGACGACGCCGCAGAGAAGACUUUGGAAAACGUGACGAGUAAAGAUAAGGAUAUGGCGGCGACGGGCGGGAAGAGUAAUGCUGCGGGGAUAUUCGAUAAGGUGCAAGAGGUUGCGAGGAAUGCGACGAGUACUGAGGGUAUUAAGUAUGGGGAUGCGGGGAGUGCGUUGACGGGUGGGCAGGUUGUUGGCGGAAGGAUACCGGCGAUUGAAGACUACAGGGCUGUUAUGGCUCAAAGAGCUGUGUUCCAGGCUGUUGCUUCUAUGGGUCUGCCGGCUUUUACUAUUCACAGUAUUGUUAGGUACUCGGGGCGUGCGCUGAAGGAUGCGAAGAACAAGACGUUGAGGACGUGGGGACCCAUUGGGCUUGGUCUCGCGGGUGUACCUUUCCUGCCUUAUAUUUUCGACGAGCCGGUUGAACAUGCGACGGAGUGGCUGUUUUAUAAUGCAUUCAAGACGUUUGGUGGGGAGAAAGCGGUUGAGGGCAGGCCGGCGACGGGCGUUAAGGAGUUGAGGAAAGAGGAGACGGAGGCGAAUAAGUUGAAGAAAGAGUUGUAGACGGCUUCCGCAGUGGACAUACGACAUGCGUGAAUAUCACGAAUCGCGUUCUUCCCCUCAGCAUGAAUAUAUGUAUAUAUGGGAUUUUCCACUUCGAGAUGAGUGGACUAGGAACAAGUGUAUUUCGACUCCGCUAAAUGGGUAUCUCUGAAAUAGAACAAGAUCAUUCCUUCAGGA